UGUACAUAGUAAGCUAACCGAAGUUAUUUGGGUUAUUCAAACUAAACUCUGGAAGUUAGUCUCCAAGAUGGGAUGUGAUGGCGGAACGAUUCCUAAAAGACACGAGUUGGUGAAAGGCCCCAAAAAAGUGGUGAUGAUUGAUAAACAUGCCGAGUCGGCUGCCAAAUGGAAACACUGUGCCUUGAGCCAGGAAAUACUCAGACGCCCCAUCAUUGCUUGUGAUCUGGGAAGGCUGUUCAACAAAGAUGCUGUUAUUGAAUAUCUUCUGGAUAAGACUGCAGAGAGACCCAAUACUGACACUGUAACUCACAUCCGUGGGAUCAAGGAUAUAAAGGAACUGAACUUGACUGAUAACCCUGAGUGGAAAGGAGAGAGAAGAAAUACCAAAGGAGACGUAUAUGAAGAUAUCCAGUGCGGCAUUUUCAUUUGCCCCGUUGUUGGGUUGGAGAUGAAUGGAAAGCACAGGUUCUGUUACCUGCGGACCUGUGGCUGUGUCUUUUCUGACAGGGCGCUGAAGGAGGUCAAGACAGAAAUCUGCCACAAGUGUGGCGAAGGGUUUAAUGCUGAGGACGUCAUUGUGCUCAACGGCACUAAGGAGGAGGUGGGGAAGCUGAGGGAGAGGAUGGAAGAGAGGCGGGCCCAAGCCAAAACUAAAUCUAAGAAAUCCAAGAAGAGCAAAGCAGCUGAAACCGUGGCGACAGCGUCGGGAUCAAAAGAAGACGCACCCGCUCCACAAGUGGAUCCAACGGAGAGCGCACAACCCGAGGGUGGAGAGAGCAGCCAGUCAGCUGUGGCCGGACCCUCCGACUCUUCGAAGGACCCCAAGUCUUCGACUUCUUCCAACGACAAAAGGUCCUAUCAGGAGAUGACGGAGAAGUCUGAGGUCUUCAAGUCCCUGUUCACCACCCACAGCUCUGCCAAGCGCACGAAGGACCAGAUGUCCAACUGGGUCACCCACACCCCGUAUCACUUCUAGUAUCCAUCCCUCGGAGCAACGAUCGCCCAUUUUUAGAGUGUUCCAGAAACCGUGACCCAUUAAUGGCCCAUUACUGAUGAAGCUAGUUCUACACAUUACCCACAUGACCUCUAAUAAUGUCACCAACGUGUGUCCUCAUUCCCAGUGUGUCUCAUCAGUCCCCCGCAGCUCAGUGUUUAGGUGUUGUCAACAUUUUGUUAAUGGCUCCCCGAGCUGUUCAGCCGCUUUGUUUUGUAGCCUUCCUCCCCGAUGUAUUCUCUCCAGGAUCUCCGUGUUCCCAGUCACCCAGCGCUCUGGGAAUUGAUGCUAUGGCGACUCUUAUUAUCUCUGCACCUCUGCUGCCCCCUAGUGGACAGUGUGCAGGUUCUCUUUUGUAGUGAUUUCAUCAGAGAUCAAAUUAAGCCCAUGUCAAGAUUUUAAUGUCAGGCUUAAUUUAAGGCAAACAAAUAUAAGGAAGUUAAAUAUCUACAUCUUUAAAGCAGGUCAUACGGUGAUAUUAUUUACUUUCGUUAUUUUUUAAUUGUUUACCAUUUUAUGAGCUGUCAGCGUGAGCUCGGCCACACUUUGUUUAACAUUCAACACAUAGCACAGGGCGUUCAAGUAAUAUAUAUUGAUGGCAUUGUUUUUGUUUUCUUGAAGUUGGUUCAAUUAGGUUAACAACAUGAAAACAGUUUUUCGCAUCUUGUUUGUUUAUUGAAGCUUCUGAUGCUCAGGAAUCAACAACAUAGUGCACGUGGCAGAAAAUCGACACACGUACCUAUAGCUGUUGUCAAACAGUGAUCGUUAUUCUUGAACGUCACAAGCUUCAUUAUUUAACAAUCUUUUUCCAAACGAGGUGCUUCCAACUAAGUUUUUUCAUAAGGAAGAACAAAUAUGUUAUGUUGGCUUCCAGUUUAUUAUCAAAAUAUAGUGAAUGGUCACAUGGGCCACACACUCUUCUUCAGACAGGUACGUUUCUUACGUUACUUUUUUUCUUUUUGCAUGUAACAAGCAAAAUGUCAAAAAAUAAAUUUAUAUUCAGUC